GCUGUGCCCGGGCCACGGAGCGCAAUCUUGUUUCCGCUCCAGCCAAAUCGUGAAACAGCAUUCCAUUGUUGUUGCCAGUAGCAACGCAGAGACAGCCACAGGCCAGUUUAGGCGCUCGCCAAUGUGUCAUUAGACGAAAUGUAUUUAGUGGCGCGCGCGUGUGGAAGGGCGAGAAAGGAAAAGAAAAAUCUGGCCCGUGUGCGUACUGGCAGUGGCAUUUUGAAGCAAAGGAAAGCGAAAGGAAAAUAAAACACUGUCGAAGAGGGUGCAAGAGAGUCUGCAAAACGCCUAGUGAAGAAGAAGAGUGAAGGGGUGUGAAAGUGUACGCGAAGAAGAAAUACAAAAAAGGAAAAGAAUCAAGCAGUGAGCGCACACACAGAGAGAGCGUGUGUGCCUCCUACCGUCACAUGGCAAUGGGGGUUCAGUGAAGUGGAAAAGAGAACGCAUUGAAUCCUGAAAAUCCUCCGUAGCAUGCUCGGGAAAAUUGGUGGGUUCUCUCCUUUGGUGCUCAGAUGGCGCCGCACUCUUAGCAACACACACAAUGCCGAAAUGACCCACAUUAGAGGUUAGCAUAGGAAAUCGGGUCUUUGGUCGAAGGCACACAACAACAAAAAAACACCCAGCCUGAUCUGGCUGGUUGCGGGACACACAUUCACACAUUCCCUGCAUGCCUGCGAGUGAAUGAGUUUAGUUUUCCAGACCGUGUGCCCUAUUGUUUGUGUGUGCGUGUUACCUCGGGCGGAAGGCUGUAAAGUGAAAAUGCGUAAAAUGCUGCUUUAAUGCGUACCGAGCUAAUAAUGUUUCUGAAUCAGUGUUUAACAACAACGUGUGUUUGCUAGUGGAAAAUUAGGUGCAAAAGUUCUUUAACCGAAAAGUGACGAGUGUUUUCCGGCGUGAUUGUGAAGCUGUGGAAAAUAGUGGUGGUGUAAAAGAAAAAAAAAUCUGCCAAAAAAAUUAUAUUAAAUUUGUGCAAUUCGUUUCUGGUGUAAUGUUUUGUUUGUUUUGUCGUUUUUCCGUUUCAACCCUCUGCCGGUUCGAUUUGCGAUCAAAGCCAGCUUUGUCGUAAUAUGCUGAAACGCGUGUGAAUGCAUUUUCUUUUUGCAUCUUCACCCCCCGAAGGGACCGUCCGUCAAGUGCAAAUGUGAUUUGUUGUUCCCGUGUAAUCUGAAGACCCCUUCGGUCGUCCUGCCCAGCAAAAAUUGCGCUCAGUGUUUCACAUCUGGUGCGUGUUUUUUUUACAUAUGUGCGUUUUAUGUAUGAGCAUUUCUCGACAACGAAAAUCAUUGCCUGCUGCAAUAUAGUGCGCGGCCCAAGUGAAGCUGCUGUGUUUUCGGUGCGGAAGUGCUAAAAAUAAAUUUCAACCGAAGGAAACAAAACGUCAACCACACACGAAUUAAUUUUCCAUUCCUCUCCAUUUUCCAACCGCGGGUGCGUGCACCUCCCCCGGUGGGGUGGGGAAAAAAUCUCGCGCACACGACGGAAUAUUAGACAACAUCUUUACCGCAUCGUCCACCACCACCACUAGUCACCAGCCUACAAGAAAAAAAAUUACCCCCCGUCGCGUGUUUAUGUGCGCCUGUGUACGUAUGUGUGGGUUAGUGUGGUUUUCUAUGUAAACACGAUGCAAUCAGCAGCGCUGGAAAGGAGAAAAAAGAUGCAACCGCCGACGCAGCAUAACCAUAAACAACGGGAACGAUCCGGACCGGCACGGAAAAGCGUAGAACAGCGCGGCACGGGAAGGCGGAAAAUAGUGGCACCGACGGGUAGCAACAUGAGAUUGACUUCCGCCCUCGGGGUGCGCGAGCUGUUCCUUUCGACUUUUCUUGUCGUGCUGGUGCUAGCACAGCAAUGUAACGGUGCGGAUCUUGUUAUAGAAAUACCGGGCAACCAAGGUUUAGAUGAUUCAUUUUACCGGCUUGACUACUACCCACCGAUCGGCAAUCCGGCAUCGAAUGCAACGAUACCAUCGCGAGACGUCGGUGAUGAGAUACAGUUCACGAACGGGCUGCCCGGCACGCGUUACAACUUCUGGCUGUACUACACAAACUCCACCCACAAGGACUGGCUGACGUGGACGGUAUCGAUCACGACGGCACCUGAUCCACCGGCCAACCUAACCGUGAUACCGCGCAGUGGCAAAAAUGUCAUCAUAAACUGGAGUCCACCGGCGCAGGGCAACUAUUCGUCAUUUAAGCUGAAGAUUCUGGGACUUUCGGACAACUUCGCCACCAACCAGACGGUCGCGAUCGAGGACAAUCAAUUCCAGUAUAUGGUGCGGGAUCUAACGCCCGGUGCCACGUACCAGGUUCAGGCAUAUACGCUUUACGAUGGCAAAGAGUCGGUGGCGUACACGAGCCGCAACUUCACUACGAAGCCUAAUACGCCGGGAAAGUUUAUCGUGUGGUUCCGUAAUGAAACAACGCUGCUGGUACUGUGGCAACCGCCCUAUCCGGCCGGGAUAUACACCCACUACAAGGUAUCGAUCGAACCACCGGAUGCACUCGGCAGUGUGCUGUACGUGCAGAAGGAAGGUGAACCGCCCGGUCCGGCGCAAGCAGCCUUCAAAGGACUCGUACCGGGCAGAGCCUACAACAUAUCCGUGCAAACAAUGUCUGAAGAUGAGAUAUCGCUACCGACCACCGCACAGUACCGUACCGUCCCGUUACGCCCGAUGAAUGUAACGUUCGACAAAAAGUCCAUCACAGAAAACUCGUUCAAAGUGAUGUGGGAAGCGCCAAAGGGCACAAGCGAGUUCGACAAAUAUCAGGUCUCACUGUCCACGUCCCGGCGGCAGCAAGCCGUUCUGCGAAAUGACAAUGAAAAUAUGGCAUGGCUAGAGUUCAAGGAAAAUCUCGACCCGGGCAAAACGUACCAGGUGGUGGUGAAGACCGUUUCGGGGAAGGUAACGUCCUGGCCCGCCAGCGGUGACGUUACGCUGAAACCGCUCCCCGUGAAGCAAUUGCAAUCGUCCACCGAUAGCAAAACGGGCGUUAUUACCAUCUCCUGGAAGCCGGACGAGCUGAGCACACAGGACGAGUACCGCAUUAGCUAUCACGAGCUGGAAACGAAUAAUGGCGAUUCGAGCACGAUGAGCACCAAUCAAACCUUGUUUGCGCUGGAAACGCUACUUCCGGGGCGGAACUAUUCCGUCACCGUGCAGGCACUGUCGCGUAAGAUGGAAUCCAACGAAACGGUGAUCUUCGUUGUCACGCGACCCUCGUCACCCAUCAUUGAGGAUCUGAAAUCUAUCCGCGAGGGGUUGAACAUUAGCUGGAAGAGUGAUGUGAACUCGAAGCAGGACAAAUACGAGGUAACCUACACACGGAACGAUACCAACGAUGGGAAGACGGUACUGACGACGGAGAGUCGGCUGGUAUUUACGAAUCUCUAUCCCGGCGCCGGUUAUGAGGUGAAGGUAUUUGCUGUGAGUCAUGGACUGCGCAGUGAACCACAUUCCUACUUCCAGGCUGUUUAUCCAAACCCACCGAGAAAUAUGACGAUCGAGAAGGUAACGAGCAAUUCGGUGCUCGUACAUUGGAAACCACCGGAGCGUUCGGAAUUCACCGAAUACUCAAUACGGUACCGAACGGAAAGUGAGAAGCAAUGGAUUCGGUUACCAUCUGUGAAAGCUACCGAGGCGGACGUUACUGAUAUGACGCCGGGUGAAAAGUACACCAUACAGGUGAAUACCGUAAGCUACGGUGUGGAAAGUCCCAAUCCGCAGCAGGUUAAUCAAACGGUACGACCGAACCCGGUGUCCAAUAUUGCUCCGCUGGUAGACUCCAACAAUAUUACACUGGAGUUCCCACGACCGGAGGGCCGCGUUGAAACGUACAUCAUACAUUGGUGGCCAACGGAACAACCGGAGCAAGUGUCGAUGAAGAAUUUCACCGAAACUAGCACAAUAUUACCAUAUCCUGGAACACUGAGUGACGAUGAAAAGGUGGUGGAGGAACCUCCUCUUGUACGACUUCUGAUUGGAGAUUUGAUGUCCGGGGUGAUGUACAACUUUAAAAUCCAAACCAUAUCGUACGGUUUGACGAGCGAUCUUACUAAGCUGCAGACGCGAACGAUGCCACUGAUCCAAUCGGAAGUGGUGAUCGUAAACAAUAUGCACACCCGUGACACGGUUACACUUAGCUACACGCCCACACCGCAGCAAUCGUCAAAGUUUGAUCUGUAUCGAUUCUCGCUGGGAGAUCCCAGCAUUCCAGAUAAGGAAAAGUUAGCGAACGACACGGACCGGAAGGUAACGUUCACCGGACUCACUCCAGGUCGGCUGUAUAACAUCACUGUCUGGACCGUGAGUGGAAAGGUGUCGAGUCAACCGAUCCAGCGACAGGAUCGUAUGUUCCCCGAUCCGAUUACUAUGCUAGAGGCAACUAGCAUCAAUGAUACCUGGAUUGCGCUGAAAUGGGACAUUCCGAAAGGAGAGUACACAUCGUUCGAGGUUCAGUAUCUGAUGAACGAUUCGCACUACGUGCAGAACUACACGGUUAACAAUCACAUUACCAUUACCGAUCUAAAACCGCACCGUAACUAUACCAUUACGGUGGUAGUCCGUUCCGGAACAGAAUCGAGUGUGCUACGGGUUAGUCUGCCGAUUUCGGCGAACUUCCAAACCAAGGAAGCACUACCGGGCAGGAUGGAUAAGUUUGCUCCGGUUGACAUUCAACCGAGUGAAAUUACCUUCGAGUGGUCAUUGCCACCUAACGAACAAAAUGGCAUAAUACGCCAGUUUACCAUCACGUACGGGUUGGAUGGUUCGCAGCACACGCAGGUUAAGGACUUCCGACCGAAUGAGCUGCGCGGUUCGAUCAAAGGACUGCAGCCCGGCAAAUCGUACGUGUUCCGCAUCCAGGCCAAAACGGCUAUUGGCUAUGGGCCGGAACACAUCUGGAAGCAGAAGAUGCCAAUUCUAGCACCACCGAAACCCGAAACGCAAGUGGUUCCGACGGAAGUCGGCAGUAGCGCUACAACGAUUGAAAUACGCUUCCGCAAGCAUUAUUUCAGCGAUCAGAAUGGAGUCGUGACCACGUACACGAUAAUAAUUGCCGAAGAUGAUUCGAAGAAUGCAUCCGGGUUGGAGAUGCCUAGCUGGCGCGAUGUGCAAUCGUACAGUGUGUGGCCACCGUAUCAGGUUAUCGAACCGUACUAUCCGUUCAAGAACAGCUCGGUGGAAGAUUUCACUAUCGGCACGGAGAACUGUGAUGCGAAGAAGACGGGUUACUGCAAUGGUCCGCUGAAAUCAGGCACCACGUACAAGGUGAAGGUGCGAGCAUUCACUGCACCGGAUAAGUUCACCGAUACGGCUUACAGUUAUCCCAUCCGUACAGCUCAGGACAAUACGUCGCUCAUCGUCUCCAUCACAGUGCCAUUAUUGAUCAUUGCAAUGCUGGUUGUCUUGGUACUGUUCCUCCGUCGACGACGACACACCGGUCGAAAAACCACCGAACAACGGACCAAUGACAAUAUGUCCCUUCCGGACAGUACCAUCGAAACGAGUCGUCCAGUGUUGGUAAAGAAUUUUGCCGAACACUAUCGCAUGAUGUCAGCUGAUUCCGAUUUUAGAUUUAGUGAAGAGUUUGAAGAACUUAAACAUGUCGGCCGCGACCAACCAUGCACAUUCGCGGAUCUACCGUGCAAUAGGCCUAAGAAUCGAUUUACCAACAUUUUACCAUAUGACCAUUCCCGAUUUAAACUACAACCCGUAGACGAUGAGGAAGGCUCGGACUAUAUCAACGCUAACUAUGUGCCGGGUCAUAACUCUCCGAGAGAAUUUAUUGUGACGCAAGGUCCGUUACAUUCGACGCGGGACGAUUUCUGGCGAAUGUGCUGGGAAAGCAAUUCGCGUGCAAUUGUGAUGCUGACGCGCACCUUUGAGAAAGGUCGCGAGAAGUGCGAUCACUACUGGCCGCACGAUACCGUACCAGUAUAUUACGGUGAUAUUAAAGUGACACUACUUAACGAUAGCCAUUACCCUGAUUGGGUCAUCACCGAGUUUAUGAUGACAAGAGGUGAGCAACAGCGUAUCAUACGCCAUUUCCACUUCACGACGUGGCCCGACUUUGGUGUGCCAAAUCCUCCUCAAACGCUCGCACGAUUCGUGCGAGCCUUCCGCGAACGUGUUGGGCCCGACCAGCGACCGAUCGUGGUGCACUGUAGUGCCGGUGUCGGUCGAUCGGGCACCUUCAUCACACUGGACAGAAUAUUGCAGCAAAUACAGGUGUCCGAUUACGUUGACAUCUUUGGCAUCGUCUGGGCAAUGCGAAAAGAACGUGUCUGGAUGGUACAAACGGAGCAGCAAUAUAUAUGUAUUCAUCAGUGUUUGCUGGUCGUGCUCGAGGGUAAGGAGGGCACGGAGCGUGAAAUUCACGACAAUCAGGGCUACGAAGACGACGAAGGAAUCGCUGAGUCCGGUAUGUAAGCCUGGGAUCGAUAGUUUCCACCAACCAGCCGCCAUUUAUUUCCUCUCGACCCAACGCAAUCCAAUGGCCAUCAAACGGCAGCGCAGCUAAGCGAAGCGUUUCGCGGGUUAAACAAAUGUGUAAUUAUUACUUAACCUUCUCCCUCCCGUAAAACCCGUCACUAGCUGUGAACGGAGGAAGAAGAAAAAAAAAAGUAGAAGAAAACGUUAAUACGUUUUGCGCGAUAGCUUAAAUCUAGUUUAAUGUCUUAAUGGCAGCUUCACGUCGGCGAAUAAGAGCCUAAUCGUAAUGGAGGUAGGUUCCGUUACGGUGUAAAUGUGUGCAUUCGCUUGCACGGGCACAGGGGGCAGCGCAAAUCUCAAUGUUUCUUUGGUGUAUCGGGUUGUAGCCAAACAAAACCGCGCGUAACGCUUCGAAGUAUAUACAACAGAUAAACAAAAUGGUGUCCGUAGACCACCAUCUCAUCCGGUGCUAGUGUGCUAACGCUGUUGUAAACUGUAUAGUAAUUGGCAAUUUUAAAAGAAAAUCACAACCCACGGUUCGUACACCAUCAUCAACCGAGUUCUUGUUCGGGAAGGAUCUGCUAGUUUUGGCGUUCAUUUAGCAGCCGUUAAUGUAAAAUCACACAAAAACGCAUAGUAAAUCGUAAAAUUGUAUAAUCAAAAAAAAAACGUUCCGAAUAUCCAUUUCCAAUCGAAUACUUAUACCAUCUACCACGUACUAGCUCGUAUAUUCGUGUAGCAAUUUUUGGGCGCAGCGCAAAGUACAUCCGACAUCGGGAUUACAUCUUGUAGUUAGUUAUUCCCAUCUGGGGACCCAGUGGACAAUGUGGCAAUGUUCACAAGCACGCGGCAUCAUAUCGUACAAUCGGCAUACAUUUAUGUUCCAAAGGAUCGAAAUUUAAAAAAGAAAAAACUUAUUAAAAGCAAUGCAUUCGUUGCAUAAAAAAAGCAAAGCUAGCAAGGUUAAAACAUUAGAUGAGCGAAAGAGUAAAAAAAAAGCUCCCGCUAACACACAGGCAGUGCUUAACGAUAAAGCGAUAAAAUCUUACUUCAUAAUCAAAACCAGACAAAAUUAUACUUAGCAGGCGCGUCACAUAGACAGUGUGCAGUUGGGAAGGGAAAAAGGAAUUAGCAGUAAUAAGAAAGCUGUGGAUCCUAUUGUAAGAAAGUUUGCAAGUUUUCAUUUCACAAAAGCCAAGAAACUCGCUAUAUAAUGUAUGUGAAUGUAUAUGUACCCGUAUUUGCAAAGCGGAAAAGCGAUGCUGAAAUCCAUUUAAACAAGAACAAACCCGUGUCAAACAGUUGUGUAGUAUAUUAUGAUAACCGUGUAGGAAGCAGCAAAACAAUGGCCAACGGGUUGAAAGUAUUUAAUGUAGUGUGUAACGAAACGUGACGACGAACCAAUAAUAGCAGUGACCGCGUGUAGGGAGAAGCAACACACAAUCUGGAAUGGAACGUUACAAAAAUAGGAGCAAACGGCACUUAAUUUACGUGUAAAGAACGCUCUAGCAGAAGAGCAUAGAACGUAACGCGCGUACGCGGGGUUAAGGUAUUGUUUCAUUUUUAUGUGUUUUCUUUUCUUUCCCCCCAACAUAUUUGUUUCCAGAAUUUUAAUCAAUUCCCGUUGUACAUAUUUGUAGGAUCACGGUAGAUCAAAACACUCAUCGCAAUCAUUUUUAUUAUGUGAAAUUAGGUUCUAGCGUAUGGUUAAAUUAAAUGGGUAAACACAGGCGUGUGUUCCGGGACGCAAUAGAAUCGAGAAAGCGCAAAACAAAACCAAGAAUUGUUUGAACUGGUGUGAUAGGCCACACAUCACAUUUCACUGUGUACAACCGAUCGGACAUUACGGGUUGAAUUACGUGUUCGGAAUGCAACGACAAUGGGCCAUAUUAAUAAUUUGGUUCCUUUCCGCACAAUCAUUACUGUCCGCCCCCUCCUCCCUCAUCGAUACAGUUAAACACACACCGACAAACACACAUCUGAACAAAAGUUUAAAAAGUAAAAGAAUUUGCUAGUGAAUGGCACCGAGGACCACCACCAACCAACACACGGUUUUUUGCUGAUCCGUUUUAUUUUUGAUACAAACACUGCCUUUUUUUGAAGGCCUUGCCAGCGACAGACAAAAAUCAGUUUUUAAACACAGUUGCCCACGUUAAUAAAAUGCAAACCUCUCUCUCCCCGUUAGGAUGUUAGUUGAAGGUGGCAGGGUUUUAGAACAAAAAAAAAAAAGAUACAAUACAAUACUUAUACACAAACGCCCCCUUCAGACACA